UGUUUACAAAAACAAAACCCAUAACAAACAUAACGUGAUAAUUAUUCGCUGCUUUAUAACUUCAACUUUCUUCUCUUCUCUUCUCUUCUAUCGUCGUGAAUCUUCACGUUGUUAGUUACUUCCUUCAAGAGAGAGAGAGGAAAAGCUCUAUAAGAAAGAAUCAUCAGUGACUAGAUUACUAGAGAGUGUGUGAAAGUGAAUUGGUGAAUAGUGAAGAUGAAUAACUCAGUUUCAGAGAACAGUUUUAUAAUUGAAAGUGAUGAAGAAGAUGAGAAAGAUUUUAACAAAGGUGAUGAUGGAAAUGAUUCUGAUUCUUCAAAUUCCUCAAAUGAAAACCCUCCACAGAGGAAACUCAGUUCUUACAACCCUUCAUGGCCUCAGAGUUACAGGCAAUCUAUUGAUCUAUACAGUAGUGUACCAUCACCAAACAUUGGAUUUCUAGGAACUUCUUCAUUUUCAAAAUUAAGCAGUUCCUUCCUUUCCACGUCUCUAACAAGGAGGUACACUCCUGAAGCACUUCCUUCAGUUACAAAACCUCUGAUACAACCAACAGAAGAAGAGCAGCAACAAAGACACAGCUCCCACGCCUUGCUUCUCCCUCCUAGAAAGUCUUCUUUGCUAAAGAAAGAUUCCAAGGUUUCUCAUGAAGUUCCUUCUCGCCACUGCACUUUCGGACAGGCUGUCCUUAAUGGCAUAAAUGUUCUUUGUGGAGUAGGAAUCCUUUCUACCCCUUAUGCUGCUAAAGAAGGUGGAUGGGCUGGACUUUCCAUUUUGUUCAUUUUUGGAAUUAUUUCCUUUUAUACCGGGUUGCUCUUGCGUUCCUGCUUGGACAGUGAACCUGGCCUUGAAACAUACCCUGACAUUGGCCAAGCUGCUUUUGGCACCGCUGGACGUAUUGCCAUUUCGAUAAUAUUGUACGUCGAAUUAUAUGGAUGUUGCAUUGAAUAUAUUAUUUUGGAAGGAGACAACUUGGCUUCCUUGUUUCCAAAUGCAUACUUAAAUUUAGGUGGAAUUGAAUUGAAUCCACAAACACUGUUUGCUGUGAUUGCCACAUUGGCUGUUCUUCCUACAGUUUGGCUCCGUGACCUUAGAGUUCUUAGUUACAUCUCAGCUGGUGGAGUUAUUGCAUCAGUUUUAGUGAUUCUGUGCUUGUUCUGGAUCGGCGUAGACGACGUUGGCUUUCAACGUUCAGGAACAACAGUCAAUCUUGCAACUCUUCCUGUUGCUAUUGGUCUUUAUGGUUACUGUUAUUCUGGACAUGCUGUGUUCCCAAACAUUUAUACAUCCAUGGCAAAGCCAAAUCAAUUCCCUGCAGUACUUGUAGCAUGUUUUGGAAUUUGUUCCUUACUAUAUGCUGGAGGUGCUAUUAUGGGAUACAAAAUGUUUGGCGAAGAUACCCUCUCUCAAUUUACUCUUAACCUGCCUCAAGACUUGGUUGCAACAAAGAUUGCUGUCUGGACUACGGUGGUUAAUCCAUUUACCAAGUAUGCAUUGACUAUAUCUCCAGUGGCAAUGAGUCUAGAAGAGUUGAUACCAUCAAACCAUGCCAAGUCUUACCUAUUUUCCAUUUUCAUCAGAACAGGCCUUGUAUUUUCUACCUUGGUUAUUGGUCUCUCAGUUCCCUUUUUCGGUUUGGUGAUGUCCUUGAUUGGAUCUUUACUUACAAUGCUUGUAACUUUGAUAUUACCGUGUGUUUGUUACCUAAGAAUCUUGCGGGGAAAAGUUACGCGAUUACAGACAGGACUUUGCAUUACAGUUAUUAUAGUAGGUGUUGUGUGUUCUUCAGUCGGAACGUACUCAGCGCUUGCCGAGAUUGUUAAGAGUUUGAGUGGAUGAAGUUUUGUGGCGUAAUUCAUGGAAGAUGAGAUAUGUUUGCUAGUAGUAUCUACCCUUUUCAAUGUUCUAUCUGUUUUGAUUACAUAUCCCAUUUUUGAGUCAAUUUUUUUUUGCUUGUUGUGGCUUUCUCAUUCUGUUACUAUUAUUUGUUGUUGUCAUAUCAUAGAAAGUUUUGCUCAGGUUUGAAGUGUUGGCAAUGUUCAAUUGGUAAUAUAGAUUGUGGAGAGAUGCCUUUUAUGAGUUUGUAAGAAGCGUUUGAAUGAAAUUGUUAGAGAUUUUUCUUUUAGUUGAAAAUGUCUAGUUCAUA